AUGCGUUUAUUUCAGUCAUCCUUUGACGCGCUCGCUUGUCCACAUCCACAUUGCCAGUUGUCGUUCCCAAAUAUUGAUGACCUAAUCUCACAUUUGGUCUCAUUUCACUGCCAGCAUCAGUUUAGACAAAGGAAGUUGACGUUUAUAUCCUUGGAAAAGUACGAGGCUUGGAAAAGUUCGCAAGAAAAGUUAUUCGCCACCACAAUGAUUGAAGAAGCUGAUAGAGAGGAGAAUGAAGGAGUUAUUCGAUUACGGUAUAGUUGUGAGUACUGUGAUGGAUGGCGACGAAAACUCGAGAAACAUGGUUCCAGCGAGGAAGGGAUGUGCAUGCGAGUUUUAUUGGGAUGUCCUGCACAUUUCACAGUGUCUAUCAGUCGUCAACAAACUUAUAUCGUCGUCUUUGGCUGCUUCGCCCAUCUUGGGCACAGAAAAAAGUUGCCGCCUGCAGUUAAUCGGGUUCCAGAUUCUAACGUUCAAUUAGACCGAUGGAAAACAUCUCCCGUUGGUAUCAAAAGAUUCAAAUCUUUAGAAAAAUAUUCACCAGGAGAGCGAGGAUACCACCUUAAACGCUAUGAAAUUCGAAAUAUUGCUGACAAACUGAAAAAACGUGGAUUGUUAUCGUCAAAGGAGAAGGAGACGGGCAACAAUGGUAAUCAUUUUGUUAGGUUUCAAUCUAUGCGAUCGUUGCCUGAGGAGCGUGGACGAUGUUCUUGGUUCUCGUUUGCGAAAGUGAAAGAAUUCACCUACUCGAAAUUGGGAACGAACACUGCACACGGCAUUCAGCAUUCUCAGAAUCCGAGCAACCCCACUACGGCGUCACAUACCGUAGUGGAAGAAUUGCGGGAUCUUUCACCACCGAUUAUUGGUGCAAGCACUUAUACAGAAUAUGAUGGAGAGGACGAGUAUAACAACUUAGAUAUGGUGGUAGUUGAUGAUGGAGACGUAGGUCACUCACUGUCCUAUUUUAUUGACGAUACAGAAAGUCACGAAAGCCCACUGGACACUAAUCCUGCUAGAAAUGGUUCAAGAGAUCGUAAUAGUUGGUUCUGUCUAACAAAGCGUAAGGAUGACAUGAGCAGAAUCAUUCAUCCAGGUCAUCCAGGUGUACUGUGGCUUUUCCAUCACUCAUUUCUUCAAUUGAACAAAAUUCCAGAAAAUACUGCAAAGACGAUGUCAUCCAAAAUGGCACCGCUGUUGAUGGAACCACAACCGACAGGAAACGCUGAUUUUGAUGAAACGAUGACUAGUCUGAAGAGGAGAAUAAAUAUUCUUUCUAAUCAAAUAAAACGGACUGUGGAUACGUCUAAACGGGAUAUACUAAUGGCACAAGUGCGGAAUCUGCAGGGACAGCUUGUUCGAGGAGUUCCGCAAACGACAACAUUUUUUCAUUUGGCUGAAGAGGAGCCUGAUGGCGAAGAAGAUGAAGAUGAUCUUGUAUACGAACCUGUGGAUCGGGACGAUACAGUUUGCCUUGAGGUAGAAGUUGAAAGUUCCGACGCGCCAUACGGAGUACAGAUCCCCGAAGAGCACUACGACGAUAUGUCGGCCGAUGUAUUUCAGGGAGAACCGUAUGAGGAAGUUGUGUCAGCUGGCUACGAGCAGUCAUCUGAGCUAUCGUAUAAUUGA